AGGGCCAGGGCAAGGAAAAGUGCCCAAGCGUAUGUUCAUUGACACUACCUUCUUUAAUGUUCAUUUUUUCACAUAACUACAUUUGCACCUACAUCUUACAGCACCCGCCCCAGUAAGAGAAUGAAAAUUUCAACUUCCAAGGCUGCCACAACUUCCAAGGCUGCGAAGGGCAAGUCCCCACUUGAAGCAGAUACCACAAAGCCUGGAAAGAGGAAAGCAUCAGAGCAGGCCCUGAAAAUCAAAAAUGGCAAGGGCAAAGACAAAACUACAACUAAGAGUUCAGCUCCCAAGGAAAAGAAGGCUGCUAAGUCCAGUGAUUCACCUCCUGAUGUCAAGCCCCCACCAAAAAAGACAAAAAAACCUACUGAGCCCUGUGUGAAGGUCAGACAUAGUACAACACCAUUCCAAGCCUUCAUCGCUGCUAUUGCUGAUCAACCUGAGAAGAAGCAAGCAAUCAUUGACAUGGGCUUCGGUGGUCUACUUGAGCUAGACAUGCCAAGGAAUGACCCCAUCUUCUGCGCUAGGCUCGUAAGCCGAUACUGUGUGGGUAGUGGCUCCAUCUUGCUAUGCCGAGGCAAGGAAAUCGAUAUCAGGGAAAUCGAUAUCCACUUGGUGUAUGGGAUUCCACUAGGAGGCUUGGUCGUUGAUGAGACCAAGGAAUUGCAGGAGAAUGAUGCUGACUUCAGGAGUAUGAUCGAGGACUGGAGGGAAUAUGUUGGCGUCCAACGGGGUUCGCCAUACAUUUCUACAAUGGCGACGCAGCUUGCUGAUGUCGCAGUGCCAGUUACGGACAACUGGAAGAGGACCUUCCUAGUGGUGGCCGUUAACUGCUGCAUUAAAUCAACCCUGAACCCCCAUCCUCUCACAAACUUCUUGUCAGCUACCAUUGACAUCAACAACAUCCCCAACUACAACUGGUGCAAGUACACCACUGAAUCAUUGCUUCAUUCAGCUCGUGCUUGGCAGGAGGAUACCACUAGAUUCUUUUCUGGUCCUCUGCCUUUCUUACAGGUCUGCUAUUUUGAUCGUCUACAGAAGGAACUACACAAGCCUCCCCGUCAAUUCCCUCUACUCUCUAUAUGGAAACGGGAAAUUAUCAAGAGCAGGAUCUCUUGGGAAUUCAAGUCCGGAGUUGGGAUGGGGACUGUCCUCCCAAGGAUUACUGCUCCCAUGCACGGGCAACAAGAUGAACAACAACAACAAUCACUUACUUCUUUGUGUCAGCAACAACUCCAACAACAACGACAUCAACAACAACAAAAUCAGCAACAACAGAUUGUAUUUUGGGAUUUCUUACAGCAACAGCACCAGCAACAUCCUGAACAACAACAACAACCACCCCAUGACCUUGAGUCCUGGAAAUCAAAUUUCAUCAAUCUUUGUUCCAAGUUCACCGCUAAUCUCAUUGAGUUGACGGCCUUGCUGAACCAAGGCCCGCAUCUCAAUCUGGAUCCCACCGUUAGCAGCUUCGCCCCAUCCAUAAUUCAGGCCAUUUGGACUCGGUAUGAAAAUGCCGCGCAACCUUCAAUCAAUCCUACUCCCAACCCUCUCCCUGAUCAAGGCAACCCCUCUGUUCUGAGUCAAGAUGCCGCAUUUUUCCACUCCUCGGAGCUUUGGGAGAUGGUGGACCAGGUUGUUCAAUCACAUCUCAAACCGAAUGAAGCACCAGGUGGGUUUGAUGGCCCAACUUUCAGCCUGGACUUGGAGUUAAGCAUGGGCAGGCCUCCACAACGACAAGAUCAACCAUCUUCCUCAUUUUCCCCCUCUCUGUCGCUGGGUGAUUUUUUCAAAGAUCACGAGGACCUACAUGUUGAUAAAAUCUUCUAGUCCACCAAGCCUAACAAUG